UUCACUGCGAAUGUCUGGAAAACUCAUCAACCUGUUGCCAUGAAUAAUCUCAUUUCAUCUUGGGAAAAGUUCAGGAUGGUAAACAUCUGAACCCAGACUGUAAGUAGCUGGAAUAAAACUCAAUUGCAUUGGAGUCGAAGAAAGCGGGAAAUAAUGGGAAAAAUGAUUAAAUUCAAAGAUGAUCACGUCAACGAAUAUUCGGAACAACAACUGAUUUGAUUACUGAUUUCACCAAAAGAAAUUCAUAAAAUUGAAUGUCAAACAAACAUAAUUUUCCUCAUUUAAAAAACUGAGUUGGGGAGUGAGCUGGUCCCUUUAAGAACCCCUGCACAAAACUGCACUUUUAGGGAGAUUCGGAACAAUCAAUUACUUAUGAGGGGAGAACUUUGAUUUCAGAGCGUGGAUUUGAGGGGCGUAAAAGUGUAAUUUCAAAUCGUCCCUGAAGGCAACACCUGACAAAUCGAUUGUUCCACUUGGCCAUGCACGUCAGGCAAUUCCAAAUCCCUUUCGGUGUGUCUAAUCGAUGGUUCUGCAGCCUGUCUGCAACCUACGAGGCAGAAAACCCCGCUUUGCCCAUAGAGUACUAGACCCCCCUCCCUUCUUCCUUUCCGUCAAGCACGUGUGUGUACGUGCAUUCCUUCAUGAUGCUGCAGCGUCGAGUCUCAGUAAUGAAUGGCUGCCUACGUCGCGGCGGAGGGACACACCACCACCACCGUCACCAUUAGCAAGCUUCUCGGGCGCCGCCGCUGUUGCUCCACCGCGAACGAGUUCCAGCGGCCGAAGAGACCGCGUGGUGCUGGGCACAGCGUUAUGGCUCAGACGCUACAGAUGGCGAUCCCCAACUUUGGCAACAACGUCCUGGAGUGUCUGAACGAGCAGCGUCUGCAGGGUCUCUACUGUGAUGUAUCCGUGGUGGUCAAGGGACAUGCCUUCAAGGCCCACCGCGCGGUGCUGGCGGCCAGCUCGUCGUACUUCCGCGACCUGUUCAACGCUGGCGGCAAAAGUUCGGUGGUGGAGCUGCCGGCGGCUGUGCAGCCGCAGAGCUUCCAGCAGAUCUUGGCCUUCUGCUACACGGGCCGCCUGAGCAUGAACGUGGGAGACCAGUUCCUGCUGAUGUACACCGCCGGCUUCUUGCAGAUCCAGCAGAUCAUGGAGAAGGGCACGGAGUUUUUUCUCAAGGUCUCAUCCCCGAGCUGCGACUCGCAGGGUCUCCACAGCGAGGAGACGGAGCCUCAGAGUCCCGUCACUCAGACGGCGGGAGGGGCAGGCGGUACCCCGGUUGGCGCCACGGCUGCCAGACCCGCCGCUUGUUUGACGCCGCUACCCCUUAUGUCCAAGGUCAAGACGGAGCAGGCGGCCACCACCCCUCAAUCGCAACAGGAGGGCUUCCCCUAUUCGGUGGUCUGCAUUCCGGUGGCCAAGCGACUGUGGGAGGGGGGUAACGGAGGAAGCGCUUCGGCUGGCGCCGCCCAAAGAAAGGCGGCACGCUACUCUUCCUCCUCGUCCUCCUCCUCCUCAUUCACCUCCAGCGGCGCUACGCAGGAUUCCGCCGGGCGGGGACCUGCCUCUGCAUUACUGGCGGGAGGCACCACUAACAAUAAUAACAACAACAACAGCAACAGUAACAACAAUAAUAGUAAUAAUGGAGGGACCCCCGAUGGCACGAGUCCCGGCGCGCUCAGCCUGUACACGAGCGACUCGCCCAUCAGCUAUCACGACGACGAGGAAGAGGAUGAAAUGGCCGAGGAGAGCGCCGAAGAGCAGUACAGGCAAAUCUGCAAUAUUUACACCAUGUACAGCAUGCUCAACGCCAACGCCACAGUACCCGGUGAGAAGGUGGAAGCGCUGCCGGACGCGGGCGCUGACUCAGGGCGCCGAGGCGGGCGCCCCCGGCAGGAGCUGGCGUCGCUGCCGUCAGAGCUCAUCAGCCAGAUUGGCAACCGCUGCCAUCCCAAACUCUACGAGGAGGGCGACCCGGCGGAGAAGCUGGAGCUGGUGAGCGGCACAGCCGUGUUCAUCUCGCGGGCGCAGCUGAUGAACUGCCACGUCAGCGCCGGCACGCGACACAAGGUUCUGCUCAGGCGCCUGCUGGCCGCCUUCUUUGACAGGAGCACCCUGGCUAACAGUUGCGGCACGGGCAUCCGCUCAUCCACCAACGACCCGAGUCGCAAGCCGCUGGACAACCGAGUGCUGCACGCCGUCAAAUUCUACUGCCAGAACUUUGCGCCCAGCUUCCGGGAGAGCGAGAUGAACGCCAUCGCCGCCGACAUGUGCACCAACGCUCGCCGGGUGGUCCGCAAAAGCUGGAUCCCCAAACUCAAGCUCCUGAUGGCCGACAGCGACGCCUACUCUUCCUUCCUGGCCGACAACGUCAAGAUGGAGGCCGACGGGCUGGGCGGCGAGCAAGGCUUUGAGGGCGUCUCCCUGGAGGCGGCGACCGGGGGGAACGACAGCGGGGCCACGCCCACCGACACCCUCCAGGACGGCGGCGGGGGCGGAGGAGACAGCAGCACUUUGCUUUGAGUGAGUGAACGGACCGCCGGACGUUUGGGCGGACGGCAGGAGGGGGCGCGGCCGCUUUGUCGCCGCCGCUUCUGGUCUUUUUCUUCCUUUUCUAGCAUCACUUCCUUCUGCUUUUUGCCGCUCUUCCCAGCCCACAGAACACAGCAUGUACCAGAAUACCCGGGACGGGAAGUGGGCUUUUCCUGUCUGCAUGUAGCGCCAACGCGGUUCUCCUCCCGCCAAAAUCGAUCAUGUAUUACCAUCGCCCCCCACCCCUCCCUUCAUCGUGAAUGUACGUGGGUUUCGUGUCGGCUUUGCACCGAAGAACAACUUGAGUUUGUUUACGUUUCCUUUCCUUUUUUUAAAAUGUUUUUUCUUACAUUAUUCUGCUAAAAUUGCAGCAGGAUUUUUGGGAAGUGUUGCUGUGAGAACUCUUGAGUAAUUGUCAUUGGGAGCGCAAAAACUCCAUGUAGCUAACGAUGGUUCCAGAAGGUUUUUUUCUUGGGGGGGGGGGGGCGCUCAAAGUAGCCCACACAAAACAGCGAAGGAAUGGCAAUGUUUUUUUACUGUUCAUCUCCACACUGAAUGAACGUGCGACUUGUGGGGAAGGUUUUUUUUUUUCCUUUAAAAUUCUUACAUUUUGAUUUCUUUUGAGUUUUUGUUUUUUUAGGCCCCAACAAUUUAAUGGGCCACCUGAUUUAAUCGGCCAAGGUUAGACCAAUUAAAAUCUUCUUUUUUUUUCCUUUUUUUGUUUGCAAAUAACCACAUUACAACAAACGCCGGAUAAUGACAUUCAAACUUUUGCCCCAUUCCAGAAAAAUCGACAACAAAUUCAGAUGAUUUUUGACGAUUUUUCUCCCUGGUGUAGUUGAAACAAAUUGUAAAACAGUCUGUUUGGUCUGUAAUUCAUAUUUUUAUUGUUCUAAGAGUUAAGCAACCAAAGAAGAAUUUCUUUUUCGUUCAUUGGCCAAUUAAUCGAAAUCUGCUUCGGCCACAAAAAAAGUCCUGGUUGUUUGCUUUUAUUUUUUUCAUGUUGUUCUGUUAAAUCUGCAGCAGUUUUUUUUUCAGUGUUGCUUUGAGAAAUCAUCUUGUCACUGGUUGGCAAAAUUCCAAGUUGAUUUAAAAAAAAA